AUGGCAUUUAAUUUAGAGACAGACGGACAGUCAGUCGAGCAGGCGGCGGCGGCGGCGACCCCGACCCCCGACCCAUCUCUCCCUCCCCUCCCCUCCGUCGGGUCCUUUGCUCUCGACCCAUGUCGCUUCCCGUCGAGUCCUACGACGCCCGCCUGCUCCCGCCCCGCCAAACCCCGCCCCGCGGUCCCCUUCCCUCAGGACCGCCCCCGGCCGAACCCUUUCCCCCGAGCCCUAGACGCCGCCCUGGCCCGCCUCAGCCUCCUCCCGCCCUCCGAUCACGGGGCGUACGUGUACUGCCCGGGUGGCGGCCGCGGCGUCGAGCCGGACGGCGGCGGCGGCGCGGACGAUAUGUGCCUGGCCUUGAGGAAGGACAGUGAGCUGAGCAGCUGCUCGAGCAGCCGGCGGAAUUUCGGUAUCUGGUCCCCGGAGCUUCGCCACCCCGGCGGGGAACGCCGCCGGCUGCUGGGGUCUUGUCCCGACGGGCGAGAAUUUUCCGUGGCAGGGGCCGGGGCCGAGGCCGAGGCGCUUCGCCCGGCGUUUAAUGCUUAUGGCCAGGUUUGCUUGAAUAGCGAUGGUUCAUCGGACUGUUAUGCGGAUAGGAUUAGCCAAGUCUCGCAAAGUACAAAUCUUUCGCAGCAAAACGGGUUGUUCAACGACUAUUCCAGGCUUUGUUCGGGUGUGGUUGAUAAUGGCUUUCGUGUAGGCGGGCUGGUUUCCAGAAGUAGCCUGAAUGGUAGGAGGGCGCAGUUUGCGCAAGUGCUGUUGAACUGUACAUCUAUAGAGGCUAUGCGAGGCCGGAUAGAGUCCAUCGCCACGGACCCAGAAGGUUUCCGGGUUCUACUCUCCAUGAUGGAGAGGAUGGACAGGGAUGAAGCGGAGCUAGUUUUCUCGGAGACUAUCGAACGCGUCGGCUACUUGAUGACUGACCCUUUCGCGAACCAUGUGGUGCAGAGGCUCCUUGAGGUCUGCAGCGAGGAACAGAGGAAGCAAAUUUUGUAUGCGGUGACCUGGAAUUCUCAAAUUGUUAGCAUAUGCCUUAGCACAUACGGGAUUCGUUCCAUACAGAAGUUGAUGGACACGCUUACCACUCGUUGGCAAAAGAAUGUGGUUAUACACGCCCUCGCGCCUUUUAUGUAUCAAUUGAUCAAGAACGCUAUUGGUCAUCAUGUUAUCCGGCACUGCCUUAAGGUCUUCUCUAAUGAAGAUAAUGAGAUCCUCUAUGAUCUGGUGGCUACCAAGUGUUAUGAGAUUGCAACUGAUAAAAGUGGAUGCUGCAUUCUGCAACAAUGUGUUGAACAUGCUCAAGGGAAGCAAAGAGAUCGCCUUGUGACUGAAAUUACAACCCAUGCCCUUCUGCUAGCUGAAAACUGCUAUGGCAACUAUGUGGUACAACAUCUGCUGACUUUGGAGAUCCCACAAGUUGCUGAUGAUCUUCAUAGACAGUUCCUUGGCAACUAUGCAAUUCUAUCCUGCAAUAAGUACGGUAGCAAUGUGGUGGAGAAAUGCUUGAAAGAGAUGGGAUACAACCAAUUCAAACAAAUUGUUGUGGAGUUGCUUGAAGAGUUUCUGACAGUCCUCUUGAAUGAAUAUGGAAAUUACGUCAUCCGAAGGGCAGUUGAGGUGUCCAAGGAGCAGCGGCAGACCCAGAUCUACUACAUUUUGUCAGCGGAGCUCAGGAGAUAUGAUCCACUAAUCAAGAGCAAUCCUUAUGGCAAGAAGGCAGUCUCUCGGCUCGAGAAGCAAAACAUAUUGCCCUGAUGAGGGAUAUGAUUUUGUUCAGAAGUGAAGUUGCAUACUUUGAUUUCUGCCAGUUGAUACUAACCUUUCUGUCGGUGUUUGUUGUUGUUGUUGUUGGUCUCUUAGACUAAUAAAUGUUCUGUGCCAGUGUUUGGUCCAGUGUUCAUCUUGUCAUUUGUGGCUUGUGAAAUAGGGAGACAUGUUGGAGUUCAUUGAGAUGUUGUUUUCUUAUUUCUCUCACACACAGACUUAGGAGGUCGAAAGCAAUUUGGGGAGUUGCCUUUUCAAGUGUAAAUCAAUUGAUCUGCCCACUAUGGAUUGACUUAUACUCAA